GAGGAUACCUAUUUUCGUUUUAUUCUAGCACAAAUUCAUGCUGACGGGUCAAGCUUAGCGUAUUUAGGACUCGUUUCCGCGAAAAUAGGCAAUGCGUCGUAAAAAUCAAGAGGUAUGUGGAAAGCCCACAGAGUAUAAUCUUCAGACGAUGGAGUACAAUCGGAGGGAGCUUCCUAACACUAGAAUACAGCCUUUGAAGCAGGAGCCACGUGUGAGAUACUAUCCACAACCCACGGUAGCCACUGAUGCUCAUGCCCGGGGCAAUAAAGCAAAUUAUAAUGAUGGUUUGAGUCAAGAACUGAAGGUACCAGAGCAAAGGCUACCCUCAAUGCAAAAAAAUCGCCACUUAGAAAGUGGGGAGAAUCCCCAAAGGCGCUCCCGAACUCCAAUUGAUGUUGGCAACGCGAUCUCAUUCCCAGGGGCCCCUGUCUUUGAAAGGGGGGAGAACAACCAUCAGCUCGUGCCGGCACUGGACCGUGAUCGGAGGCUGCCGGACGUCUCCCCUCCACGGCCGUUGCCGGAGUUCAGCCCGCGCGAGAUCAUUUCCAUGUUACCGUGGUCCCAUGAGGCCAUCCGCCAUGCGGUUGCAUCCAACCGAAUCGAGGCGAAUCGGUCAUAUCUCCCCCAUUGA